AGGUUUAGAGAGCAGAAGGAAAAAAAGAGGCAUGUGAUAAAGAGCUACAUGUGUUUUUUUUUUAAUCCUCUGAUUUCAAGGAGAAGAGGAACCCAAUAAUUUAGAAUUCGAACGCGAAGUAAGUAAAUAGUCUGACUGAGAAUAUUCCCACCAAAUAUCGAACUCAAAUUCUUUUAAAUGGUACCUUCUAGGAGGAAUUAGAGGUCCAUAUGUUGUUACUUUACUUUUCCUCCUAACAUUUCACAUUAGUGAAUAGAUUAUCUUAUCCUUAAUUAUGUUACACGGUAGUUAGGAUUGCAGUAUUUUCUUAAAGUAUUUAUAGGAUGGACACACAAAACAAGACCAACCAGAGGCAGACACUUAUAGGUUGGGAAAGAAGAAACUUAUUGAGUGAGUGAGUGCUUUUUCUAUAGCCUGCAAGGUUCUUCUAAUGGCUUCAGUUGGUACAGUCAAAUUUUUAUUGUGCUUUGUUCUAUGGCUCUGGAACUGCAACUUUCUACCUCCUUGUCAAGGUAAACAAGAAGUGUAUCCAUUUAUAAAAAAAGCAAGUUCAUUUUCAUCACCAUCAAUAUCAACUACAUCACUCAACAAAGCUUAUGAUUACAUAAUUGUUGGAGGUGGAACUGCAGGGUGUCCAUUAGCAGCAACAUUAUCUCAAAAUUUCAGUGUUUUAUUACUUGAAAGAGGAGGUGUUCCUUUCACUAAUCCAAAUGUAACAUUUCUUGAAAAUUUUCACAUUACCUUGGCAGACACUUCAUCAACUUCAGCUUCUCAAUAUUUUCUUUCAACUGAUGGAGUUUUUAAUGCAAGGGGAAGAGUUUUGGGUGGUGGUAGUGCUAUCAAUGCUGGUUUCUAUACUAGAGCAAGUUCAAGGUUUAUAAACAAGGUAGGAUGGGAUACAAAGCUAGUAAAUGAGUCAUACCCUUGGGUUGAGAAGCAAAUUGUUCAUCGUCCGAAGUUUUCGCCAUUUCAGAGAGCAUUGAGGGAUAGCCUUAUAGACACUGGUGUCUCUCCUUAUAAUGGCUUUACCUAUGAUCAUAUUUAUGGAACAAAGGUUGGUGGAACAAUUUUCGACAGAUUUGGUCGCCGUCACACAACUGCAGAACUUCUUGCUUCUGGAAACCCUGACAAACUUACAGUUUUGGUCCACGCCACUGUCCAAAAGAUCGUUUUCGAUACAACAGGUAAAAGACCAAAAGCUAUAGGAGUUAUUUUCAAUGAUGAAAAUGGGAAACAACAUGAAGCAAUGCUUGGAAAUGAUAUGCAAAGUGAAGUGAUAUUGUCUAGUGGAGCAAUUGGAAGUCCUCAAAUGCUAUUGCUAAGUGGAAUUGGUCCUAAAGAUGAACUUCAAAAUUUGAACAUAUCAGUGGUCCUUAACAAUCCAUUUGUUGGGAAGGGAAUGAUUGAUAAUCCUAUGAACAAUAUUUUUGUUCCUUCUAAUAGGCCAGUUCAUCAGUCACUCAUACAAACUGUUGGUAUCACCAAGAAAGGUGUGUACAUUGAGGCUAGCAGUGGGUUUAGUCAGUCCAAUAGCAGCAUUCAUUGCCAUCAUGGUAUCGUGUCAGCUGAGAUUGGUCAACUUUCUACAAUUCCUCCUAAGCAAAGAUCAAUAGAAGCAAUUCAAGCUUACGUAAAGAGCAAGCGAGAUAUACCGGUCGAAGCAUUUAACGGAGGCUUUGUAUUAACAAAAGUAGGCAGUGCUUGGUCAGUAGGUGAGCUCAAGUUGAAUAACACCAAUGUGGAUGACAAUCCUACUAUUACCUUCAACUACUUCAGUCAUCCAUACGAUCUGAAGCGCUGCGUCGAAGGGGUCCGCAUGGCAGUUAAAGUAGUUCAAUCGGAACACUUCACAAACUAUACAUUGUGUAAGAAAGAAAGCAUAGAGAAAAUUCUUAACAUUAGUGUGAAAGCUAAUGUCAACUUCAUACCAAGACAUGCCAAUGACACAACUUCACUAGAGCAGUUUUGCAAAGACACUGUUAUCACAAUUUGGCACUAUCAUGGUGGAUGUCAUGUGGGGAAGGUAGUUGAUCCUGAUUACAAGGUUCUUGAUGUUGAAAGACUUCGAGUCGUCGAUGGCUCGACAUUUACUGAAUCACCAGGAACAAAUCCUCAAGCCACUGUAAUGAUGAUGGGAAGGUACAUGGGAGUGAAGAUUUUGAGAGAUAGGUUGGGGAGAUUGGCUGGUAUAUAAGGAGGAAUAAUUGUGCUGUGUGAAGAUAAAUUCAAGUCUUAAAAAAAAACCAACAAAUGUGUGUAAUAUGAAGAUAAGAAAAGCUGUUGCACAUCAAAAGCAAAAAAAAAAAAAAUUGGCUGUAGAAUUUUGGAAAUGAAUGUAGUAUAUUUGUUGUAAUUUCUAGAAAACAGUUAUUAUUAUUAGUAAUCAAGAAAUUAAUUCUUACCUUUUUGAA